AUGGUCUUUAAUAAUUUGAAAAAUCGCAGAUUACUUUAUUCAAAUCCUCACACCGCUGAUUCCAUUUUUUUCUUAGGAAGCGUGAUUCAGUUGAUGAACAGUAUUUAUUUUUCUGAGGUAUUUACACUGUACCAGAGAGCAUCAGAAUCAUUCCGUCAGGCAACCAGUGCAGAGUCAGCAGCAAGAUCUGAAAAUAUUCAAUUUUUAUAUCUGAAGAUAAUAAAAUUUCUACAGAUGCCAAAAACUGAACUUAUGCAACAUCGCAUAGAGAUUGUUUACCAAUUUAUAAAAGAAAUUGUAUUGUACCUCAAACGGAUUAGGACCAAGAAUCCUGUUCCUUUGCAGCACCAUCAACAUCUAAAGGCAUCUGGCAAUCCUUCAAAAACCUCAUCUCUGCUGCAAAAAGGGAACAUUUUACAGUUCAAUCAAGUGAACCCAUACCAUAAUAAUGCACCUACGAGUGUACCUCAGUUACUCAUGCAGCAGGGUAACUUAAACUUACAAGGAAGCUGUACAAGCCAGUUUCAGGUUGGCUCUUCAACGGGGAUGCAAAGGUCAGAUCCUUCGCCAUUAUUGAACUCUUUUCAACAUAGUCUGAUGAAAUCUAGGCAACAGUAUUCGCCUAGUCAGGCACAACAAGGAAUGUCAUUACCUCAUAAGGGUUCUCAAAUUGGCUUUGAGCAUGAAGCUUCGGGCUUGUUGCCCCCUUCUUCUGUAGGAAUUUCUCAGCACAAUACUACUUUGAGCACUCAACAGAUGCGCAACUUGCCUGGGAACAUCUUCAAUAAUUUAGAUUUUACCAUGAGGCCCCUUUCUCAAAAUCCCAUAAUCACUGUAUCUCAGUAUAACAAUCGACAGGACCAACAUUUACCAAUGCAGAAGAAGCUGAAGCAACCUAUGCAACAGAUGCUGACUGAGAGGAACAAGCAGCAGAUGGUACAAAAAAUGAAUGAGGAUGCGAAGAUGGCUCAAUUUGCGGAAUUGAAUCAAAGAAUGCUAGGAAAGCAUCACUCAUUGGGCCAACAUUUAGAACAGUAUCCUUGGUCAAUGCUGCAGCCGAGGGUUGCCUCUCCUCAAAGCUCUCAACACUCCUCUACACAGAUUGAGAUGAAGGAUUUGUCAUCAAAACUUUCCAGAUCUACAAUACCAUUGCUAUCUACUGCCUCUCCAUCUGCUGUUCCUUCUCCUCUUACUCCAGCAACUCCAUCUUCUGUGCCAACAGAUCAAGAGAAGAUUCCUAUACGCUUUAGUCCAUUAUCCGUUGAAGAGAGGAACAAAGUUACACAGGCACCUAUUGAACCACCCUUGCUCCAAUCACAAGGCAUAAGCGAAAGUCAAGUCCCUGUCUCUGUUACACUGGAGUAUCCGAAGUCUCCUUUGCUCACAGAGUCUACAUGUCCACUUGACUAUCAACAGUCACGUGGUCAAGCCGACCCAGUGCAGCGGUUGGUUGAAGUGGUCAAUACAAUGUCACAAAAAGCAUUACAUGCUGCUGUACGGGAUAUCAACUCAGCCACCUGGAUAAUCGACAGGAAAUCUGGAAGCCUUCUUCAAGGUGAAUCGAGGUGGGACGUUGGCCAGGACUUGGCAGAUGAUACUAGAUCUUGUGAACAUGGGAACUUUGACCUUCCAUGCGUGAAGACAAGGAUUAAGCGGCCACUGAGCGCCAUAUCUGCAGAUGAUAUGACAUCAGCUUUUACAAGAGGUGCUAAUUUUGAAGGUGGCCAGAUAUCUGAAGUGGAAUUUAAUGCAACAUUUAGGAUAAAGAAACUAAAAGAAGAGUCUAAUGAUCUGCUACUGGAAGAAAUCAGAGAAAUCAACCACAAGCUUAUUGAAACAGUGGUAGAUGUGGUAGACAUGAAAGAUUUUUCCUGGGCAGGAUCUGCUGAUGGAACAGUCAUUAGAUGCUUAUAUAACGCUGUUCGAUGCAAUGGGAAUAUUAAAAUGCUGAAUGCUUCAACGCAAAUGUUUUCCAACCUGAUUGUGGAAUUGCUUGUGACUGCUGAUUAUCCUAAUUCUUCUCCUGUAGUACUGGAAAGAUUGCCCCCUGGUUGUAGUGAAGCUGAAGAAGUGAAAGUUCUGUGGACAAAAGCAAUGUCAAAUUUCAGUUUAUUGCUGCGGAAAUAUUCACAGCCCAUUUCACUAAAAGAAAUGGCCAAAACUUGGGAUGUUUGUGCUCGUGAAGUAUUUCGCCAGUUUGUACAGAAAUUUGGAGGAGGUGACUUUAGUUCAACCUAUGGCAAAUGGGAGAAUUGUGUAGCUGCUACGUAAUACUGAUGCAUUUCCCAUCCCUGCAGAUGACUAUAGCCUCCGGUGGAAGGCAAGUUGCUCACCUUUGCAUAAGAUAAUUAUACAUUCAGAGAACUGGGAGCGAAAUGGGAGCGAAGAAACAAAUUUUCUUAUAAGGAGUCUGGAAAAAAGUUUCAGUAGUAGGCUUCAAAUUUGUUGGAAAACACAUGGUUUGCUGUUGUACAUAAUCUUAAUGAUUUUUGCUUGGGGGAUAACAAGACAAUGACUAUUGAAAUUCAACUUUUUCCCUUCUUAAGCUGGCUUAUUGAAGAUGAAAUCAGGGAUCAAG